CGGGGGCUCAGGGGCGGGGCCGCGUGGCUCCUCCUUGCGGGCGGAGGCAGGCGGUGCGGCGGCGCCGGGACCCGACUCAUCCGGUGCUUGCGUGUGGUGGUGAGCGCAGCGCCGAGGAUGGGUAGGUGCAACCGCGGCUCCGGGCCGCCGCCGUCGCUGCUGCUACUGCUGCUGUGGCUGCUCGCGGUUCCCGGCGCUAACGCGGCCCCGCGCUCGGCGCUCUAUUCGCCUUCCGACCCGCUGACGCUGCUGCAGGCGGACACGGUGCGCGGCGCGGUGCUGGGCUCCCGCAGCGCCUGGGCCGUGGAGUUCUUCGCCUCCUGGUGCGGCCACUGCAUCGCCUUCGCCCCGACGUGGAAGGCGCUGGCCGAAGACGUCAAAGCCUGGAGGCCGGCCCUGUAUCUCGCCGCCCUGGACUGUGCUGAGGAGACCAACAGUGCAGUCUGCAGAGACUUCAACAUCCCUGGCUUCCCGACUGUGAGGUUCUUCAAGGCCUUUACCAAGAACGGCUCGGGAGCAGUAUUUCCAGUGGCUGGUGCUGACGUGCAGACGCUGCGGGAGAGGCUCAUUGACGCCCUGGAGUCCCAUCAUGACACGUGGCCCCCAGCCUGUCCCCCACUGGAGCCUGCCAAGCUGGAGGAGAUUGAUGGAUUCUUUGCGAGAAAUAACGAAGAGUACCUGGCUCUGAUCUUUGAAAAGGGAGGCUCCUACCUGGGUAGAGAGGUGGCUCUGGACCUGUCCCAGCACAAAGGCGUGGCGGUGCGCAGGGUGCUGAACACAGAGGCCAAUGUGGUGAGAAAGUUUGGUGUCACCGACUUCCCCUCUUGCUACCUGCUGUUCCGGAACGGCUCUGUCUCCCGAGUCCCCGUGCUCAUGGAAUCCAGGUCCUUCUAUACCGCUUACCUGCAGAGACUCUCUGGGCUCACCAGGGACGCUGCCCAGACCACAGUUGCACCAACCACUGCUAACAAGAUAGCUCCCACUGUUUGGAAAUUUGCAGAUCGCUCCAAGAUCUACAUGGCUGACCUGGAAUCUGCACUGCACUACAUCCUGCGGAUAGAAGUGGGCAGGUUCCCGGUCCUGGAAGGGCAGCGCCUGGUGGCCCUGAAAAAGUUUGUGGCAGUGCUGGCCAAGUAUUUCCCUGGCCGGCCCUUAGUCCAGAACUUCCUGCACUCCGUGAAUGAAUGGCUCAAGAGGCAGAAGAGAAAUAAAAUUCCCUACAGUUUCUUUAAAACUGCCCUGGACGACAGGAAAGAGGGUGCCGUUCUUGCCAAGAAGGUGAACUGGAUUGGCUGCCAGGGGAGUGAGCCGCAUUUCCGGGGCUUUCCCUGCUCCCUGUGGGUCCUCUUCCACUUCUUGACUGUGCAGGCAGCUCGGCAAAAUGUAGACCACUCACAGGAAGCAGCCAAGGCCAAGGAGGUCCUCCCAGCCAUCCGAGGCUACGUGCACUACUUCUUCGGCUGCCGAGACUGCGCUAGCCACUUCGAGCAGAUGGCUGCUGCCUCCAUGCACCGGGUGGGGAGUCCCAACGCCGCUGUCCUCUGGCUCUGGUCUAGCCACAACAGGGUCAAUGCUCGCCUUGCAGGUGCCCCCAGCGAGGACCCCCAGUUCCCCAAGGUGCAGUGGCCACCCCGUGAACUUUGUUCUGCCUGCCACAAUGAACGCCUGGAUGUGCCCGUGUGGGACGUGGAAGCCACCCUCAACUUCCUCAAGGCCCACUUCUCCCCAAGCAACAUCAUCCUGGACUUCCCUGCAGCUGGGUCAGCUGCCCGGAGGGAUGUGCAGAAUGUGGCAGCCGCCCCAGAGCUGGCGAUGGGAGCCCUGGAGCUGGAAAGCCGGAAUUCAACUCUGGACCCUGGGAAGCCUGAGAUGAUGAAGUCCCCCACAAACACCACCCCAGAUGUGCCGGCUGAGGGACCUGAGGCAAGUCGACCCCCGAAGCUACGCCCUGGCCUCGGAGCUGCACCAGGCCAGGAGCCUCCUGAGCACAUGGCAGAGCUUCAGAGGAAUGAGCAGGAGCAGCCGCUUGGGCAGUGGCACUUGAGCAAGCGAGACACAGGGGCUGCAUUGCUGGCUGAGUCCAGGGCGGAGAAGAACCGCCUCUGGGGCCCUUUGGAGGUCAGGCGCGUGGGCCGCAGCUCCAAGCAGCUGGUCGACAUCCCUGAGGGCCAGCUGGAGGCCCGAGCUGGGUGGGGCCGAGGCCAGUGGCUGCAGGUGCUGGGAGGGGGCUUCUCUUACCUGGACAUCAGCCUCUGUGUGGGGCUCUAUUCCCUGUCCUUCAUGGGCCUGCUGGCCAUGUACACCUACUUCCAGGCCAAGAUAAGGGCCCUGAAGGGCCAUGCUGGCCACCCUGCAGCCUGAACCACCUGGGGAGGAGGCGGGAGAGGGAGCUGCCAUCUCUAGGCACCUCGAGCACCCUGACCCCAUUCCCUCCCCUCCCACCCCUUGCUCCUUGUCUGGCCUAGAAGUGUGGGAAAUUCAGGAAAACCAGUUGCUCCAGUGAAGCUUCUUGGGGCUGCUAGGACAGAGAGCUCCUUUGACACAAAAGACAGGAGCAGGGUCCAGGUUCCCCUGCUGCGCAGGGAGGGCAGCCCCGGGCAACGGGCAUAGGGCAGCUCAGUCCCUGGCCUCUUAGCACCACAUUCCUGUUUUUCAGCUUAUUUGAAGUCCUGCCUCAUUCUCACUGGAGCCUCAGUCUCUCCUGCUUGGUCUUGGCCCUAAAUUGGGGCAAGUGAAGCCAGAGGAGGGUCCCCCAGCUGGGUGGGCUGGAAUGGAACUCCUCACUAGCUGCUGGGGCUCUGCCCACCCUGCUCCCUUCCGGACAAUGAAGAAGCCUUUGCACCCUGGGAGGAAGGACCACCCCGGGCCCUCUAUGCCUGGCCAGCCUCCAGCUCCUCAGACCUCCUGGGUGGGGUUUGGCUUCAGGGUGGGGUUUGGAAGCUUCUGGAAGUCGUGCUGGUCUCCCAGGUGAGGCAAGCCAUGGUUGCUGGGCUGUAGGGUGAGUGGCUUGCUUGGUGGGACCUGAUGAGUUGGUGGCAUGGGAAGGAUGUGAGUCUCUAGUGCCUUGCCCUGGCUUAGCUGCAGGAGAAGAUGGCCGCUUUCACUUCCCCCCAUUGAGCUCUGCUCCCUCUGAGCCUGGUCUUUUGUCCUUUUUUAUUUUGGUCUCGAAGAUGAAUGCUCAUCUUUGGAGGGUGCCAGGUAGAAGCUAGGGAGGGGAGUGUCUUCUCUCUCCAGGUUUCACCUUCCAGUGUGCAGAAGUUAGAAGGGUCCGGGGGCGGGCAGUGCCUUACACAUGCUUGAUUCCCACGCUACCCCCUGCCUUGGGAGGUGCGUGGAAUAAAUUAUUUUUGUUAAGGCAA